CUCAGUUGAUACCUGAACAACAUCAGCUCACAUUUAGCUGACAGAACCGUCUGUUGAUCAUCACCAUGAAGACUGUCCUGGUCCUCUCCAUUCUCCUCUGUGCUGCGUUUGCAGCUCCACAACCAGACGCAGAGAAAACAAGUAAAGAAAAGGCUCCAGAAGCAGCAGUGGAGGUCCCGCAGGAACAGAUGGUUGCUCAACCUGAGAUGGACAAGAUGACAAAAGACGUGAAAGUAUUUGUGCCAGAAGACUUUGUGCCUGUUCCCAGAAACGAGCCAGUGCCUGAGGAGGAAACAGCGCCUGACUCUCGUAAUAACUUCUGUCCAGUGGGUUGGUUCGCCCAUGGCUCUCGCUGCUUCCUGUUCGUCAAUACUCCCAAGACCUGGUACAGUGCUGAGGAGCACUGCAACAACCUGGGUGGCCACCUGGCCUCGGUCACCAACCCCAGAGAGUACAGCUUCCUGCAGCAGAUCUCAGGCGGCUCGAGCACAGCGUGGCUGGGAGGCUUCAACCUGCAGGGCCCAUGGUUGUGGAUUGACCGCGAGGGUUUCUAUUACACCAACUGGUACUCACCUUUGUCCUCCAGCAGCUACCCCUGCAUCUACCUACGAAACAACUAUGGUUGGGGAAACAACAGGUGUAACAUUGCCUAUAACUUCAUCUGUGCCAAGAACCCUUUCGGGUGUUGACGUACAGACUUCACAUCUGAGGCCUUGAGAAGGAUCAGCCUGGAUAGUUUUUCUCUCUGAGGCCAACUUGUGUACUUUGUUUUGUGUUUUACUGAAUUAUACUUUUACUUUUUGUAUUCUUCAAAGUGUGAAAUGAUCAAGUGUUAAGCAACUUUCAUGUUAAAGCAUUUUGAUUUGUUCUUGUGGCAGCAGUUUCAUAAUAAAGACUUGUAAGAAUGAGACAAUGUAAGAAGUGUAACAUUGCCUAUAACUUCAUUUGUGCCAAGAGCCCUUUCAAUUGUUGACAUACAGACUUCACAUCUGAGGCCUUUGGGGACGGAUC